CUGAUUUCGAAAGUUAACUGCUAUUUCUUAUGCGAAAAGUGUAAACAGAAGGUACCUAGAGGAUCCGUUCGGAACAAAGAAAGAUAUUGUUAUUUCAGAAACAAUCCCGGUCAAUCCUCUGCACGUGAACAAGGCUCAGGGAAAGGAGGAGAGCAAGUAGAUGGACGUGGAAAAGACCAUAUUGGAAACGCACCAAAAGACGGAGUAAGAGAAGGUGGUACAAUGGAACAAGGCCGCAACGGAAACUUCCCAAUAGGAGCACAAGGAGCGAUGGAAAGAGGAAACUUCCCAAUAAGAGGAGGAGGCGUAAUGGAAGUCGGACGUAACGGAAACUUCCCGAGACAAAGAGGGGGAAGUGCAGAUGAAAGAGUUCAUUCUGGAAACUCCGUGGAGCGAGGAAGAGAAGCAGCAGGAAAAAGAGGAGAGGUGGCAAGUCCAAUGGAAGAUGGACGCAGUGGUAAAGGGAAAGGAGGAGAAAGGAAAGGUGACAACGGAAAAGGAGGAAGUGGGACAGAAUUGGAAAGGGAACGUAACGGAAAGCUUCCAAUAGAACCUAAUGGAAGGUCACCGGGAAGGGGAGGAAGUGCAGAUGAAAAACUCCAUCCUGGAAUCUCAGUAGAAGGAGAAAAAGCCGAAGCAGGAAGAAGAGGAGGAGCAGGAAGUCCAGAAGAAAAAGAAAGUAAUGUAAAUUCACCAGAAAAAGGAACAGCAGGCGCAGCGGGAGCUGAUUCCGAUGGGCACAAAGGAGAAAAUCUAGCGGCAGCAGGUAGAGGA